AUGGCAAGAACGCUGGCAGGCUUGAAGUCUCCAACACCAUCCUCCACUGCUAAGAGCAUGAUACGGCUGAUCCAGUCUCUCACGCUUGUCUCCUUCCUUGGCCCAGGGAACUCAGUUUCAGAAGCCAGCUCAACCCCACCGGUUGUGAACGGGGUCCUGCGGGAGUCUGUAACUCUCCCCUCGAAUUUUCCUGUGAAAGAGAAUAUCUCGUCCAUCACCUGGCUUCACAAGGGAAACUCUGUCAUCUUCAUAUGGCCAAAAGAAGCAAAAAUACAGGUGACUGAUCCAACACGGAAAGAUCGACUGAAUAUCAUCGAGUCCUACUCCUUGCAGCUCAACAAUCUGACAAUGGCAGACGCGGGACAUUACCGUGCCCAGAUAACCACAUCAACCUCCUUUCUGUACACCGAUUAUAACCUGCAGAUCUUCAGACGACUGAGCAACUUACAAGUUGCCCAUCACACCAAACUGUCUGAAAAUAGUACCUGUGAGAUCCAGCUGACCUGCUCUGUGGAGAAUCCAAAUGAUAACGUCUCGUUCAGGUGGGAGGUAGCAGGAAACCCAUUUCAUAGUGAAGCAAAUCUUUCUGUAGCCUGGAACCCCAAGAGCCUCAGUGAAGAGACCUACACCUGCAUAGCUGAGAAUCCUGUCAGCAGUUUAUCCUCCUCUGUCUCUGACAAAAGUGUCUGUAAAGGUGUUAUUAAUGGGAAAAAUGAAUACUUGGAUAUCAGAUGGAUUAUCAUUGUGGUUGUUUUGACAUGUAUAUUCUUCAUUGCAUUGAUAUUAAUAUUUGUUCAGAGGAAAAAAGUAGCAGGUUUCUUUCAAUUCUCUACUCAGCAAACCCAGUGUCCUGCAGAAACUGUGAGUAACUUAGAGUACGCUUCCUUCUCUUCAGGGAACACUGUGUAUGUUCAGGUCACCCAUUCAAACAGGGAAGCAGAAAUCUCAAAACCUGUGAAAAACAAUGACUCCAACACAAUUUAUUCUGAAGUUCAUCAUCCCCAAGAGAGAAAGCCCAUUUAUUCCAAGACAACUGCCCAUCACAACGUCAUGUAA